CAAAUGACGUUUACAUACAAACAAGACAAUUGCUUUUUAUGUAGGAUGUCAAACAUCAUGCUAAAAUUUUCAGUGAAUAGUUCGUUUUUAUAUAUUAAAAUUUAAGUAAUGACAACAAAUAAGUGCUCCCCAGAAUAGUUUAGUUUCCAUCAAGUAAUCUUGUAAAUAAUGGACAACCGGAGUCAUGUAGUAAAUGAGGGUUGGACUUGUGAACCAAACAAUGAAGAGCAAGCACCAAGUUUUGGAAAUUACGUGCAGUGGAGGACAAGGAGACCAUCAGACAAUUAUCAGGAAGGUCCUCCGGGGUACGAAACAGAUGAAGUGCAACAUUUAAAAACAACUAAAACAGUUACUCAUUCUCCAAGGAGAAAACCAACAAGAACUGUCACAAUCAGAGAAACCAAGAUAGAGACAAUUCCUGGUAAAUUAAUAAGAAAAUUUUUGCCGGAAGUUUUACAACCGCCAAUAUUUCCUGUAUUCGGUCAAAGUUCAGGAAUGAGUUGCCCUGGAGGACCAGGAUCACCUAGAACACCAGCCUCGCCGGGACCACGACAGUAUCCAACAACUCCAUAUCCAGGACAUUUCUCUUAUGACGAAGAAUCAGAAGAAAGCGAAGAUGACGGAUGUGCAAUGGGAUCUUCCCCUAACACUUCUUCAACAUACGUUAGAUACGAUGACUUAUCAUACGGCAAUUUAAACUUAUCCCCCCCACCUCAAAGACAAGUGGCAGCUGUUCCGCCACGCUGUGUAGGUGGUCCACCACCACAACCUGCGACUGUUACCAUGGGAUGUCCUAGAGGAGCACCACUUCCAGCAUUUCAAGGUCCGCUCAGACAAAGACCUGUUGGAGUUUGCAGACCUAUGCAACGAGGCACUGGAAGACAGGUUGGUGUUGCCCGACCUAUGGUACGACAAGCUCCACCGGUAGCAGCAGUAGGUCCUAUGCAAAGAGGAGGUCCUAUACCUGGUCAAGGAGUUGUUGCUGAUAGACCACGAGUGCCCAUAAGACCGUUUGGUCAGGUUGACCACAACAGAAUUGCUGUGGUAAAUCCAAGAGUAGCAACUCCUCCUCAACAAAGACGAAAUCCCAACCAAACCUACACAAUUUCAAGCGACGAAGAAGAAAAUACACAGAAUUGGUCCUAUACUCUACCAUCAUCGCCUAGAACACUUAUACCUGCCCAAGGAGCUGUUGCUGAUAGAACACCAGUUCCUAUAAGACCGUUUGGUUCUUGUCAGGUUGACCCCAGCAGGAUCGCUGUAGUAAAUCCAAGAAUGGCAACUUCUUCACCGGGAAGAGGUCAACUCAAUCAAACUUACACGAUUUCAAGUGGCGGGGAAGAGAGUAUGCAAGAUUGGUCCCAUUCUUUUGGGUCAUCAACUUUAAGUUCUGUACCAUCAUCACCUAGAAGCCCUCCACCUAAUCUUGUGCCUGCUCAAGGAGCUGUUGCUGAUAGAUCGCCAGUUCCUAUUAGACCGUUUGGUUCUUGUCAGGUUGACCCUAAUAGACAGGCUGUAGUAAAUCCAAGAAUGGCAACUUCUUCACCGGGAAGAGGUCCACUCAAUCAAACUUACACUAUUUCAAGUGGCGGGGAAGAGAGUAUGCAAGAUUGGUCCCAUUCUUUUGGGUCAUCAAAUCUAAGUUCUAUACCAUCGUCACCUGGGAGUCCUCGAGCCGACCCAUGUUGUGGUAUACGACCGUGUAUGUGCAAUAUGAAUGGUCCUCCUCAAAGUAAUUUAAAUGCCACAUACACUGCUAAUCCGAAUGCUACUUACAACGUUGAUCCAAAUGCUACCUACAAUGUUAACCGAAAUGCUACUUACAACGUUAAUCCUAAUGCUACCUACGCAGUCUCGGGAUAUGAGUCCACUUUUCUAGAACCAAUGGACAUCACUGCUAAUGAAACUGGAUAUGACGAAUUUGAUCCAUUAUUUCACAGUUCUUUCCAAGAUUUGUCGCAGACCGGGACCUGUGGCUAGAAUUGCACGUCACCUACGAUGCAGCUGUCCCCGAGAAGAACUGCACAUGUUCAUAAACGGUAAAAAG